GGCCUGAGGAGCGCGCAGUGUGCUUUCUGCUGAAGCUUCUUGCAGGUUUCGGCAUGGAGGAAAUUUAUGCUAAGUUCGUGUCUCAGAAAAUUAGCAAAACCCGCUGGCGGCCAGUGCCUUCCGGGAGCCUGCAGACCACAGAGACCUUUGCCACGGGCUCCUGGGACAAUGAGGAAAAUUGCGUUUCACUGUGGUCUAUUGGAGAUUUUGGAAACUUGGAUUCUGACGGAGGGUUUGAAGGAGACCAUCAAUUACUGUGCGAUAUUAGACAUCAUGGGGAUGUCAUGGAUUUACAGUUUUUUGACCAGGAAAGAAUUGUAGCUGCUUCAUCAACAGGAUGUGUAACAGUUUUUCUUCACCAUCCAAAUAACCAGACUCUGUCCGUCAAUCAGCAGUGGCCUGCAGCUCAUUACCAUACAGGUCCGGGAAGUCCCUCCUAUAGCAGUGCACCAUGUACAGGAAUUGUGUGUGACAACCCAGAAAUUGUUACAGUUGGAGAGGAUGGCCGAAUCAAUCUCUUCAGAGUUGACCACAAGGAGGCUCUCAGAACUAUAGAUAAUGCAGACAGCAGUACACUCCAUGCUGUAACCUUCCUUCGAACUCCUGAGAUUGUUACAGUAAAUUCAAUUGGACAGUUAAAAAUAUGGGAUUUCAGACAACAAGGAAGUGAGCCCUGUCAGAUACUAUCACUGACUGGUGACCGAGUGCCACUCCACUGUGUUGACAGACAUCCAGACCAGCAGCAUGUUGUAGCUACUGGUGGCCAGGAUGGAAUGUUGAGUAUUUGGGAUGUCAGACAAGGUACCAUGCCUGUGUCGUUACUGAAGGCUCAUGAGGCUGAAAUGUGGGAGGUGCACUUCCACCCAUCCAGCCCAGACCACCUGUUUACCUGUUCUGAGGAUGGGUCCCUCUGGCACUGGGACGCCUCCACAAACGCGCCUGAAAAGUCUUCUCUCUUCCACCAAGGAGGAAGAAGUACUUUUCUGUCACAUAGCAUAAGUAACCAGGCCGGUGUUCACCAGUCUCUAGUUAGUUCCUGGCUCAGCACAGACCCUGCCAAAGACAGAAUUGAAAUCACAAGCUUGCUUCCCAGCAGGACUCUGUCUGUAAACAGUUUGGAUGUUUUAGGUCCCUGUCUUGUUUGUGGAACUGACGCAGAAGCCAUUUAUGUUACCAGGCAACUAUUUUCAUGAAAGUGAAAAAACCUAGUUAUCAUUUUUAACAUCUGUGCAAAAUUUUAUCACCAGAAAGUGGUAUUUGUAAGGAAACAAUAAACCGUUUGUUAAUAUCAGUGCCCAGUGUUGGCUUGUUGCUUGCUUCCUCCCCCAACACUUAUUAGAAUCUGAUCAAUGACUGGUGACA